UCCUCCCUUGACGUUAAAGCCGAAGGAAUAGGGGUGUGAUUGCAUACUGCAGAGUAACAGACAGGUGUCAGGACCCGGACUAUAGUGAGAGUUUUCUCUGUGUGUUCAGCCUCAGUCUCAGAGUUUUCUGUGGAGGUGACGUUACAAAAUGAGCAGGUAUCCAGCCCAGACUCCCAAGAGCACCAGCCCCAGCCAGGCAAUCGAGGACAGCAAGAAGAGGACAUCUCUCCUGAAAGACAACAGCUGGAUCAGAAAACCUGAUGAUGAGGACGAAUUUGUGGACCGAGACCCAAACUUUGGCAAAUAUGUUCUGAGCCGGCACAAAUCCAACGAAACUCUUGUGGGUUCAGAGACUGUAGAAACAAAACCCAGCAAAACCACAACCACAUCAACGUCUGUGCAGGCUCUGACCAAGAGAUUCAGUGGAAGUCAGGAUGAGCUGAGGAGCAGCACCCUCCCUUCCAGCAAGACUACGUCUUCCUACACAAAAAGCACAUAUUCAAGCCUGAAGUCAGAUUCUCCCACAACCACCACCACAACCAAGACUACUGUUACAGAGGAACCAAAGACAAGCACUACAACCACCACGAUCACCAAGGACGGCAAAACCACUGAGACCACCAUCACCACCACCCAGAGUGUUAGAUCUCCUGUGAUUAAAAGUCCAACCAAGACUGAGACAUUCACUGAGCGAGUCAAGUCUUCAAGCAAAGGGCCUCUAUACUCAAACUUCUCACCUACCAAAACAACCAAAGUGACUGAGACCACUGUUACCAGCAAUAAGAAUCCGGAGGACAAACUGUAUGAUACACUCCUCCCUUCGUCCACCAAGAAUGGUGUCUCACCCACAGACAGCAAAUCAACCUUCUCCAAAACUGAGACUGUGGUGGUGAAAGGCAGCACUGACAGAGACCCUGAGGACAAACUUUAUGAUACACUCAUUCCCAAGUCCAUCAAAGACAAUGUCACAGAUAGCAAAACAACUGUCUCCAGUACUGAGACUGUGACAGUGAAAAGCAGCAUUAAUGGAGGUGGUGUUAAAACUACAACCACAACCAGAACUUCAUCUAAGGCUGAGGAUGACCUAUAUGACACCCUCCUGCCUAAAGCCAUUACAUCUGAUCUGUCUUCUCCCAGCAGAUCAAGCGUCACAAAGACAGAGACUGUCACGGUGGACAGCAGCAGAGGAGGAGAAAGCCCAACUCUGACGUCACCAUCCUCCACUCGCACAAUCACCAGUUACAGCUCGUACACUGAUGAUGUUCCCUCCACCCGUACCACUUCCUACACCAUCAGUACCAGGCCCAGCGAGGACUACAGCAGCGACCGUAAAACCUACUCUUACUCCAGACCAGACAGCUAUGAGUACACCAGUAUCACCAGUCCCACUGUCUAUACCACAUCAUCGUACAGGACCAGCAGCAGGUCAGAUGACAUUCUGGCAGAGCCAAUCUACUCUAACUCCUCCAUGAAGAGUGUGUAUGCAUCUCCUGAGAGGACGGUGCUUGAGAAAGACCUGUGCACCUACUGCCGUAAGCCUUUCAUUGGUGAUGCCAAGAUGGUCCUGGAUGACUUGAAGAUCAACUGCCACGCUUCCUGCUUCAAAUGUCAGGUGUGUAACAGCACUCUGGGUCAUCUGAAGGCUGGGGACAGCAUGUGGAUCUACAAACAGAUGGUGCACUGUGAGAACUGCUUUGGGAUCACCAGAGAUAAAUGGAGACGCUGAGCUUUUCCCAAGCCUUCAAUGGAGACUACAGCACAUGUGGUUAAAGAUAAAAUGUACUAAUAAUAAAUUACUGUUUAUCAGCAUGUUUUGGGUGACACUGGUUCUCCUGUUUUUCUUGCUGACAGAUCUAAAUCUGGGUGUUUUGGCAAAUGACAGUUAUAUUAUAGAUAUAACUUUUCAGUAACAUGCACACACUAUUGCAUCAAGUUGUAACUGUGUUGUUGACAUUGUGAUAUUUCUGUCUCUGUAUCUACUUUAUCACAAGUUUAAGAUAGCAUUUCUGAUAUUCUCUUAAGUCUGCUGUCUUUAGGGGGACUCUUAUGUGUAACAUGAUAGGAGAUGUUGCAAUAUUUAGGGCCGGGGGCUUUUUCUUUGUGCAAUAAAGGCAAUUCAUGCAUUUUGUCAAAAAAAA